AUGGCCGCAGGGGAAGAAGUCUGGGAAGCUCUCCCCCCUGGGGAAGCAAAGUCUGUCUGGGCUGAGACAGAAGUCAAUUUUUGGAAGAAUCUCCGCAGCAAGAAAGAGAUAGAAAACAGGAAGAUCGAAAAAGAGUUCCAGCAUUCACUCAACGAAGUACGGCUAAAACUUAGUGAUCUAAAGGGACAGCGAAGUCAGUUAAAGGAAUCUCAAAGUCGCUUAGCCAGGGAGCUUGCCAAAGUCGAGGCCGAGUUGGCGCGUACUACGGAUGAGUGUGAAGAGAAGGCAGAACGACUGGUUCGUAUCGAGCAAGAUUAUUACGAGUCGCGCAGGAAGCGAACGGAAGCCCAACAUGACAUCUGGGCCAGAAUGCGUCGCUUCUUCAGGGAAAAGAGAGGAGAGAACCCAGAUACCCCCGAGACUAGGGGUCCCGAAUCAGAGGGCCUCGUUCUGCCCGACAUGCUGCCAGAAUUGUCUUGGCCUUCCAACGGGCCCGUGCUACAGAGAGAGCCUAUUCAUGGCUCUGCCGCAGAAGAAGCCGAUCAUCCAAACCAUGAGGGCCAUAUGGAAGGUGUUGAACAGCAUGUUUACGAAACCGCCGAGACCCUUGUUAAUGUUGUUGAUGCUGACGGUAAUGUGAUCGGACCUGUGGAACACAUCGAACCGUGGAACCAGUGGGUAGAGGGUAUCCAAGAGCUAGAGAUUCGAAGACCAGUCAAGAUCCGAAAAGGACGACGUUUCAACACAACCCAUCUUGCAACCAUUUACGAGCGAACUGAGGCAAAGGGAGUUAAGUGGCUAUCCUGUAUGAUUCAAGCUACUGGGGAAAUACAGUCCAAACGAUGCCAAUCAUGCGACAAGAACCAAGGCGCCUUUGACGAUUGCAUUAUUGUCGGAGGAGACCUAUACCAGAAAUGCGGUAACUGUGAAUGGAAUCGUCAAGGAUGCCACGGAGCUUCAGGAGACACGAUCGACAUUAUCGCUUCUAGGGACAGAGCGCGGCAGAAUAAAGAACGCGAAGUGGCAGCAGGUGAAAUAUCUGCAGAAAAUCCUCAGGAGAAGGAAUCUCAAACACUCGAAGUUCAGACAAGAGAUCGACCGGAUCCUCAACAUGCCCAGCCGGCCGAGGAACAAGUUUCUGUCAAUUCUCGGUCCCAUUCACCGCAGCCUAUUCUGCAGCAUACGGUUGAGCGAUCAUCUGAACUACAACCGGAGACACACACCAAUCCGCAGUCUGAACAAGUUGUUGCCCGUCAAGUUGACCAACCAGUUGAACGCCUGCCAGAACGACUAUUGGAGCGAAUUUCCGAUCAUUCCCCAGAGAGGCUUCAUGAUGUAAUCUCUGCAAAGGCCCCGGAACGAAUUGUUGCGGUAGCACCUAUGGCGCCUAUGCAAAUCGAUGAACCUCAUGAGACAGCCCAUAGGCCAAUCCACGACUCUUCUCACAAUCGCCCCAGCACUGCCCCUAGGACAGACUAUGCUCCAGAGCGCAUGAUAGAUCCCGUGGAUACGUCUCCCGUCCAAACUCAGGCUGGGCCUCUCCGGGAGGCGCCGCGAUCUAUACUUCCGUCAAGUGCGCCGCGGCAUGCCCCUCAAGAUAUUCCUCACUCUCCAUCCGAACGCGAAACCCCUAUAAAAGACUCUCAUGGCUCUGAAAGUAUCCGAACACCGCGCGAGCCGGAGCAGGUGCCUACUCCAAAGGAGUACCGAGUGACCUCCGGCUUCACACCAGCCAAUGUGAGAAGCCGACCCCCAUCUAGUGAGCGAGGUCGACCAACUCCGCCUUUGUUGCCAGCCGGCGACCCUUCUUCUCAACCUCCAGAAUCACCCCCUGCUGCCGCCGAAGAAGAGAUCACUCAUGAAAAUAUGAUUCUUAAGCACGAUGGAGUAGUCUACACUUAUCCCGAGUGCGUAGAGGGAGUGCCUCUAGUCAAGAUCAACGAGAGACAUCCCUAUUGGGAGCCCAACUGGCAAAAUGUGAAGUCACUCAUUGAGCCGCAACUUGCUCGAUGGCGCGAGAAGCAUCAAGCCGCCAUUGAGGCAGGCCCAAAGCAGGAGAAGGGCGGCUCUUCCAAGUACCAAAUCGGCAGACAGGUUAAUCGUGGGAUUAAAAUCCUCGAAUUUCACGAAAAAGGCCCCAUCAGCCCUUAUCAGUUACUCGGCAAGAAGUACAUCCAGUCGGGCAAGGGUGGUAUUACCUCGUACGACACUCUGUUCCGACUUUCAGAGACGAUAUCAGAGCUUGAGAAAUUUAAUAUUGAUAUCUCGCCGGUCGACUGGAUGCGGCAGCGUCUUCACGAGCUUAUGCAAGCAGGAGGUGCCAAUUUCAAUCUACCGAAGAUAAUUCAUGACUUCUACCACGACUCAAAGUUGACCGCUCUUCGUUACAAACAUGGCUUCAAGAACAUCGGACGCCCUUCUGGAGUUAUGAAGUCGCGCCUAAGCCAUGGUAGCCCCAGCACUACGCCGAAGCCUCUCCAGAAGAGGAAGUCCAUGCAUUCGGGUCCCAGUACGCCUCGAGAGGAUUCGUUUAUCGAACAGUCCCCAAUGCCUAGUCAGCAACCUCUGAUGUUACCAGCAGUGGUGCCAAGUCCUCAGCCAGCUUUCAGUACACAUUUGAACAAGCGACCCAAAUAUCUACCACCUAUAUCAGGUCCAGUUCACGACGAAUUUCACUUCGAGGCUUGGUCUGAUACGGAUUCAUGCAGCGGUGGCCAAAUUACUAAGUAUGACUGGCGACUUGCUAAAGUCAAGAGUCGCUUGUUUACUAGUCAUAGUAGCGUUACGCAGUACUGGACUUGGAUAGAUCAAAUACAAUGUUUCCAGCACCAGGUGCUCAGAGACAUGCACCCUGCCUCGUGGGGACUAUUCAAAGACGAGAUCGACUUUCAUGUCUACUUGGAGGAUAUUGAGGAGAUGGUAUGGAAUAUCGAGGCGCUUCGUGUUCACAUCAUCGUGAAAGAGUCGGAGAACGCUAAUGCUCCGGACGGCAAGCCUCGAGGAGAUGUGAUGGCAGCUUUCUCACGAGCACGUACCAUGCGUCGAUUUUUGUUCUUUUGCCGAGAAAAAGAGGUUCAUAUGACCAAGCACUCUGUUGAGGAUCUUGAACGUCGCUGGCUAAGCAUGAACUCAGAACAAUUGCCAGGCCGAGGUGACUCAAAUCAAAGAUUGGUGGAAUCAGCCUAA